GGGGUAUAAAAGCUCAGCAAAGUUAACGUCAGCUGUCGGUGGCCUGUGGCACCUCACUCACAUACCCUCCCUCCCUCCCUGUCUGUCAUAUACUCUCUCUCUCAUCCCAUCGUCACUUGUCUCCUAAGCAAUCCAUCAAAUGCGUUGAGACCAACAGCAGAUCUCUUCCCCUCUAUCUUCCCACACUUGUAGCUAUUGUGAUUUAAACUUUUGAUUGGGGUUUGGAGUUAGGGAGGUAGAUCUGCUUUGCAGUAAGAGUCGCAUUGUUACGGCGAAGAUGGCGGCGACUGUAGGUUGGGUGUAUUCUUCCGGCAGUAGUCUUGCCAAUAAUGAUUUGGAUAGAAAUGGGGAUUUUAGACCUCACGACACAGAGUCUGCAACUCCGCAAUCCCUUAUAAAGAUGGGCUCGAGAGGGGGCGGUAACAUGGAGGAUCCAGAUGGGACACUAGCAAGUGUUGCCCAAUGCAUCGAGCAGUUGCGAAAAAGUUCAUUAUCUGCACAAGACAAAGAGUAUAACUUGAGGCAGUUACUAGAGCUGAUUGAUACACGCGGAAAUGCAUUUAGUGCUGUUGGUUCUCAUUCUCAAGCAGUUCCAGUGUUGGUAUCUCUCCUGAGAUCAGGUUCACUUGGAGUGAAGAUGCAAGCCGCUACUGUUUUAGGUUCAUUGUGCAAGGAGAACGAACUACGUGUCAAGGUAUUGCUCGGGGGCUGCAUUCCUCCGCUUCUUGGUCUUCUCAAGUCAACUUCAGUAGAAGCGAAAAUUGCAGCUGCAAAGACCAUCUAUGCUGUUUCUCAAGGUGGAGCCAGAGAUCAUGUUGGCUCUAAAAUCUUUUCCACCGAAGGUGUCGUGCCAGUGUUGUGGAAGCAGCUAGAGAAAGGGCUCAAAGGUGAGCAUUUAGUUGAUGAUCUAUUGACGGGUGCUUUAAGAAACCUUUGUAGCAGCACAGAAGGUUUUUGGUCUACCACAAUCCAAGCUGGCGGAGAAGAUAUACUUGUAAAGCUGUUGACAGCUCAGCGAUCUAGCAUCCAAGCUAAUGUUUGCUGCUUGCUGGCAUCCAUGAUGAUGGAGGAUGCAUCCGUUUGUGAUAGGAUAGUGGAUGCUGAAGCUACAAAACUACUUCUUAAACUGUUGGGGCCCGGUAAUGAAGCUCCAGUAAGAGCACAAGCAGCAGCUGCUCUAAAAUCACUUUCCGCUCAGUGCAAAGAAGCAAGAAAGGAGAUAGCAAGUUCUAAUGGUAUUCCUUCUCUUAUCAAUGCUACAAUUGCGCCUUCAAAGGAGUUUAUGCAAGGCGAACAUGCACAGGCUUUACAAGAAAAUGCAAUGUGUGCUCUUGCGAAUAUUUCUGGAGGUUUGUCUUAUGUCAUCUCAAGCCUUGGUCAAAGUCUUGAAUCGUGCACUUCACCUGCACAGAUAGCUGAUACGUUAGGGGCUUUAGCUUCAGCGCUUAUGAUAUAUGACAGCAAAGCAGAAACUAGUAAAGCAUCAGAUCCUACAAUUGUUGAGUUGACAUUAAUCAAGCAGUUUAAGCCGAAUUCACCUCUUUUGGUGCAAGAACGAACGAUAGAAGCCCUAGCAAGUUUGUAUGGGAAUGCUACACUCUCAAGCAAACUUGCUAAUCCUGAUUCGAAACGUUUGCUGGUUGGUUUAAUCACAAUGGCAACAAAUGAAGUUCAGGAUGAGUUGAUAAAAUCCCUGCUUAUUCUCUGCAAAAAAGAAGGUAGUUUAUGGUAUGCUCUUCAGGGUCGAGAGGGUAUUCAGAUGUUGAUUUCCCUUCUCGGACUUUCAUCAGAGCAGCAACAGGAGUGUGCGGUUGCAUUGCUUUGCCUUUUGUCCAAUGAGAAUGACGACAGCAAGUGGGCCAUCACUGCUGCUGGUGGCAUACCGCCACUUGUUCAAAUUCUUGAAACUGGAUCUGCAAAAGCUAAAGAAGAUUCCGCAACGAUUCUCGGUAAUCUUUGUAAUCACAGUGAAGAUAUACGGGAAUGUGUUGAGAGUGCUGAUGCUGUUCCUGCUUUAUUGUGGCUGUUAAAAAAUGGAAGCUCAAAUGGGAAAGAGAUUGCUGCAAAGACUUUAAACCACUUAAUUCACAAAUCGGAUACCACAACUAUAAGUCAACUUACCGCAUUGCUAAUCAGUGAUCUCCCCGAAUCUAAGGCUUACGUUUUAGAUGCUUUAAAAAGUCUGCUUUCCGCAGCCCCUCUCACUGAUUUAUUGCGUGAUGGUUGUGCUUCAAAUGACGCAAUUGACACAAUUAUCAAGAUUCUAAGCUCUACGAAGGAAGAGACUCGUGCCAAAUCAGUAUCAGCUCUCGCUGGCAUCUUUAAUAGGCGAAAGGACUUGCGUGAAAGCAGCCUUGCUGUUAAGACUCUUCGGUCUGUGAUGAAGCUCUUGAACUCUGAAUCUGGGUGCGUACUGGCAGAAACUUCCGGAUGCCUUGCUGCAAUAUUUUUAUCUAUAAGAGAAAACCGUGAUGUGGCGGCUAUUGCUAGAGAUGCACUAACUCCGUUGCUAACACUUGCCAGCUCAUCAGAUGUGCAAGUUGCAGAACAAGCUGUAUGUGCAUUAGCAAAUCUUUUGUUGGACUCCGAACUUUCAGAUAAUGCUGAUCCUGAAGAGUACAUCGUGCCUGCUACUAGAAUUCUUCUUGAAGGCAAUGCAACAAGUAAAACCCAUGCUGCAGCAACAAUUGCUCGCCUUCUUCAUUCCCGCCAUACGGAUUCUGCUUUAACCGACUACGUGAAUCGCGCUGGAACCGUUCUUGCACUGGUAUCAUUCAUCAAAUCCAUUGAUUGUGGAUCGGUUGCCAUGUCAGAGGCAUUAAAUGCACUUGCUAUUUUGUCAAGAUUAAAAGGCUCAGCAGACAACAUCAAACCUGCAUGGGCAGUGCUAGGUGAAUAUCCAGAUAGCAUAAGCCCCAUUGUUUCAUGCAUUGCUGGCGCUACCCCGCUCUUACAAGACAAAGCAAUAGAAAUUUUAUCAAGGCUUUGCUGUGCACAAUGUAGAGUUCUAGGAAAUGCGAUCACGGGUAUUUCUGGUUGCACUUCAUCCAUUGCAAGUAGGGUAAUUAAUUCCUCGAAUGCAAAUAUAAAAAUUGGUGGAACUGCACUUCUUGUUUGUGCCACAAAAGUCAAUAUCCAAAGAGUCUUGGAGGAUCUUCAUGACGUACAAUUGCAUAUCUCUUUACUUCGAUCACUUGUUUCGAUGCUAACCAUGCCAAAAGGUUCUCAUUUGGGAGAUAUGGAGGAAAGAGAUUUUGUUAGUAUUUUCAGAGGUUCCGAAGAAGCAAUGACCAGCGAAAAAGAGACCAGUACAUCAUUUAUAUAUGGCACUAAUAUUGCUAUAUGGUUAUUGUCUGCUAUUGCUAGUCAUGAUGACAAAAGUAAAGUUGAAAUUGCGGAGGCUGGAGCUGUAGAAAUCCUCACUGAGAGGAUCUCUCAGUGUUUGUCGCAGUAUGGUCAGUUUGAUGUUAAUGAGGAUAGUAGCAUCUGGAUAUGUGCAUUACUACUAGCAAUUUUGUUUCAAGACAGAGAUAUCAUACGUGGAAAUGAAACAAUAAAAGCCAUACCGACCCUUGCUAGUUUGUUGAGGUCAGAGGAGUCAGCAAAUAGAUAUUUUGCCGCACAAGCUACAACGAGCCUAGUCUGCCACGGAAGCAGAGGAACCCUUUUGUCUGUUGCCAACUCAGGGGCUGCAGUCAGUCUCAUUUCGUUACUUGGUUGUGCUGAUGCUGAUAUAUGUGAUCUUCUCCAACUAUCUGAAGAAUUCGCACUGGUUCCUUAUCCAGAACAAGUUGCUCUCGAGAGGUUGUUUAGAGUUGAUGAUAUUAGGGUUGGUGCUACUUCUAGGAAGGCAAUACCAGCUCUUGUUGAUUUACUCAAGCCCAUUCCCGAUCGACCUGGUGCACCAUUUCUAGCACUCGGGCUUUUAAUACAGCUCGGAAACGACUCCCCGUCAAAUAAGAUUGUUAUGGUUGAAUCUGGUGCUUUGGAAGCUUUAACAAAGUAUCUUUCACUGGGCCCACAAGAAGCCACCGAAGAAGCUGCUACUGAUUUACUAGGGAUUUUAUUCAGCACUGCUGAAAUACGGAGACAUGAGUCAGCAUAUGGUGCUGUGAGUCAGCUUAUAGCCGUUUUAAGAAUGGGGGGAAGGGGUGCAAGGUAUAGUGCGGCCAAAGCACUAGAGAAUCUAUUUUGUGCGGAUCACAUUAGAAAUGCGGAUUCUGCUAGGCAUGCUGUUCAACCAUUGGUGGAAGUUUUAAAUAGUGGGUUGGAGAAAGACCAGCAUGCUGCUAUUGCUGCACUAGUUAGACUAUUGAGUGAUAAUCCGUCAGGAGCUCUUGCUGUUGCGGAUGUUGAAAUGAAUGCAGUCGAUGUUCUUUGCAGAAUUCUUUCAUCUAAUUGUUCAAUGGACUUGAAAGGCGAUGCUGCUGAGUUGUGCUGUGUACUUUUUGGAAAUACAAGAAUCAGAUCGACAAUUGCUGCUGCUCGCUGUGUUGAGCCUUUGAUCUCACUCCUUGUAUCUGAGUUAAGUCCAGCUCAGCAUUCUGUUGUUCUUGCACUAGAUAGACUCGUUGACGAUGAAAAUUUGGCUGAACUAGUCGCCGCACAUGGUGCGAUAGUUCCUCUUGUAGGCCUUCUUUAUGGCAGGAGUUACAUGCUUCACGAAGCAAGUUCAAGAGCUCUAGUUAAAUUGGGAAAAGAUAGGCCUUCGUGUAAGAUGGAAAUGGUGAAAGCUGGUGUGAUUGAGAGGGUACUUGAUAUUCUCCAUGAAGCACCCGAUUUUCUCUGUGCUGCUUUUGCGGAACUGUUACGGAUUUUAACAAAUAAUGCUACUAUAGCAAAAGGUCCAUCUGCAGCAAAAGCGGUGGAACCCCUGUUUUUAUUGCUAACGAAACCAGAGUUUGGACCUGACGGUCAGCAUAGUGCCUUGCAGGUUCUGGUUAAUAUCUUGGAGCAUCCACAGUGUCGUGCUGACUAUACUUUGUCUUCUCACCAAGCCAUCGAACCACUCAUUCCUUUACUAGAUUCUCCUGCGCCAGCAGUGCAGCAGUUAUCAGCCGAGCUUUUAUCUCAUCUGCUUCUAGAAGAACAUUACCAGAAGGAUCCUAUCUCACAGCAAGUAAUUGGCCCGUUAAUGCGUGCUAUUGGUUCUGGUGUUCCCAUCUUGCAGCAAAGAGCUGUAAAAGCUCUCGUCAGCAUUGCAGUGAUGUGGCCUAACGAAAUUGCAAAAGAGGGUGGUGUUGCUGAGCUGUCAAAAGUGAUAUUGCUUGCUGACACUUCUAUACCUCACACAUUGUGGGAGUCUGCUGCUGCUGUUCUGUCUAGUAUUCUACAGUUCAGUUCUGAGUUUUUCUUGGAAGUACCUAUUGCAGUGUUGGUACGGUUACUUCAUUCAGGCUCUGAAGCCACUGUAAUUGGUGCGUUAAAUGCUCUUUUAGUACUUGAAAGCGACGAUUCAACCAGUGCUGUAGCCAUGGCUGAAAGCGGUGCAAUCGAGGCUCUUUUGGACCUGCUGAGGGGUCAUCAAUGUGAGGAAACUGCUGCAAGGCUGUUGGAAAUUCUAUUAAACAAUAUUAAAAUCCGAGAAACCAAAGCAACCAAAUCAGCUAUCUUACCACUAUCACAGUACCUUUUGGACCCACAAACGCAAGCUCAACAAGCUAGACUGUUGGCGACUCUAGCUCUCGGUGAUUUAUUUCAAAAUGAGACUCUGGCACGAUCCACUGAUGCUGUUGCAGCGUGCCGUGCUUUGGUGAAUCUGCUCGAGGAUCAACCUUCCGAAGAAAUGAAAGUUGUAGCUAUUUGUGCUUUGCAGAAUCUUGUGAUGUAUAGUCGUUCAAAUAAAAGAGCAGUUGCAGAAGCUGGUGGGGUCCAAGUUGUACUUGAUCUGAUUGGUUCAAGUGAGACUGAUACAUCAGUCCAGGCUGCAAUGUUUAUUAAGCUUCUGUUUUCCAACAACACCGUCCAAGAGUAUGCCUCCAGCGAAACUGUCAGAGCUAUAACCGCGGCUAUCGAAAAGGACUUGUGGGCCACGGGAACAGUGAAUGAUGAAUAUUUAAAAGCUUUAAAUGCACUUUUUGGAAACUUCCCACGGUUGAGAGCCACAGAACCUGCAACGUUGAGCAUCCCGCACUUGGUGAGCUCACUCAAGACUGGAUCAGAAGCAACUCAAGAAGCUGCAUUGGAUGCACUAUUUCUUCUGAGGCAAGCUUGGUCAGCAUGUCCAGCUGAUGUGUCUAGAUCUCAGUCAAAUGCUGCUGCAGAUGCAAUACCCUUGUUGCAGUACUUGAUCCAGUCGGGCCCACCUCGAUUUCAAGAAAAGGCAGAACUUUUGUUGCAGUGUUUACCGGGGACAUUGACUGUAAUAAUUAAACGUGGAAACAAUAUGAAACAGUCUGUGGGAAAUCCUAGUGCCUAUUGCAAGCUUACACUUGGCAACACUCCUUCAAGGCAAACCAAGAUCGUCUCAACCGGCCCUAAUCCCGAGUGGGAUGAGAGCUUUGUUUGGUCCUUUGAAAGUCCACCAAAAGGACAGAAACUACAUAUCUCAUGCAAAAAUAAAAGCAAGAUGGGAAAGAGUUCAUUUGGCAAAGUAACGAUACAGAUUGACAGAGUUGUGACGCUGGGGGCAGUGGCUGGUGAGUAUACUUUGCUGCCCGAAAGCAAAAGUGGCGCCUCAAGGAAUCUGGAGAUAGAAUUUCAAUGGUCAAACAAGUGAACAUUGGGUUAGAGCCAUUACUUUUGUAUAUAAUUUUUGAAAAAAUUGUGUUAUAGAUUUAGUUUCAAGAACACAACCAUUUCUUGUAAUUAACUAGUUUGUUUAUAGUUUGGGACAUGUGUUGGCUUCAAACCAUUUUUAUGUGAGAGGUGUGGGGUUUUUGGUUAAAACUCAUGUGGUGAAGCUUCUCAAUCAAAGUUUUUCUUAAGUGAUUUCUAAAGUAA